AUCUACAAGGAAGAGCAGAGAGUGGUGUGUGGCGAGAGGGAAAAGCCUCCCCAAACACACACACAGACAUCCCAACUUUUGAUUCCCACCACAUAGAUAUUUCUUCUUUCUCCCACUUAUUAGAGGUUGAUUAAUCCACUCAGUCCCACAGGGGGGCUCCUGCAGUUGCAGUCACAGACAUCUCAGGGUUGCUUAAUCUAUCUGUGUGACUCUGCGCCCCCACAUAGGGACACCCUUGCCUUUUUGGUGCUUAUGCAAAGACUUGCUGUGUUUAGCAUUCACCCCUAGUAAUCAUCAAUUAAUAGCUUCCUCAGGCAUCUCUGGGUUCCUGGCCUUACUCUCAGGCAUCCUCAUAGCCAAGCUUUCUACAGUAUUCAUUUCCAAGUUUUAUAUAACUGACAUUCUAUACAUUCGUUUUUACAGAUAGAAGUUAUUAGUAGAGCUUAGCCAGUCAGGUUGUAGUACAGGGGUUGUUGCUGGUUCGAUAUGCUGUACCCUGGUGGAUAAACCUAAAAAGAGCCACAUGGAGGCUCAGACCUAUAUAUCUGGAGCUAGGCCUGGGCAUCGGGUCCCAAGAAGGCGCUCCAAAGCUCAGCGAGACAGACAACGAGGAUCUUCCCCUGCUAAUUCUUCUUCUUCAACAAGCCCUGCCCCUGAGCUCUGGCCCCGCCCCCAGCGCAAGAGGAGGAAGAGAAGGGGCGCCGACAAUGUAAAUUUAAAAGAAGACGAUUUGAUUGAUGGAUUUUGUAUCAGCAGCUAUGGGAGCCUGGAGGCUAUGCAGAGGGAUUUCUCCGCCAACUCUGCACGCCACGAGGAGUCGUACAGAAAACGACCUCCAGGGAAGAGAAAAAGAAGCGACGAGGCUAGCUCGGACGAUCCAGGUGCCAGUGACCCCGAGAACAGAGUUUUGGCAAACAAGGGUCAAAGAGACUGCAAAGGCCAUAAAGAUCAGAAGAGAAACUGGCCAGCACAUGAUGCUCAGGAAGGAUGUGGGCCGCAUAUAGGACCCCCAGGGGUCAUAAGCCAGGACUGUCUCCACUGCUGUCUGGAUACAGGAUAUAUUUGUGAUGCAGAGAGUAGCUGUGAUGAGCAAGCUCCCAGUGAUGAUCUUGCUCUGUCCUUUACUAUAUCUACAAGCACAGCUUCUGUGUGUCUCCCUGGGGUGCGUCCCAAACUGUCUGUUCUCUCUGAAAUUUCUGGACUGGGCAGAAGUUGUGAAAAGAGCCAAGAACCGGAGUGUGAGCCUUUGCUACCCCCGCAGUGCACAACUCCUGCACUCCCACGUAUGCCCAUUGUCCCACUUAAACGCCCACCCAGUGCUUCCCCCAAAGCACAACCUGCACCUGUGUUGCCUCCACCCACUGCUGGUUUGGAUCCAGUCCUAAACAGUUCCAGCAGGUGCAGCUUUCCCAAACCAAUGGCAGUUCCCCAGAUGUCUCCGCGCCCCCCAACACCAUCCCGUUCUCUACCGGGCCAUUCUAUCCCACAGAGUUUCUCCUCUGCUUUGCGCCCCCAGAGUCAUCAUCAUUUAAGUUUAUUUGCCCCUCCUGCCCAAGCCCUUCCUCCCCCACCUCCACUUCUGCAGGUUACUGGGCACCCAGCCUUAUCUGCAGAACAUGAUGUGAUUGGUCAGGAAAUGGGUUCCCGGUUUGUGGCUGCGCCUGGAGGUGGAGCUGAGCUGAGUGCAGCAGUCAGACCCAUGUACCAGUUCCACCAGCACAACCACCAACAUACGCACCAGCACACACACCAGCACUUCACUCCCUUCCCCCCUGCUGUGGCAUCAUCUACUUUUGACAAGUAUCCGGGUAAAAUUGAAAGUCUGUACAGGCAGAAUUUUUUUCCCCCCUUUUCACCGGUUAUCACUGCGCUUCCCCCUGUUCUACCUCCAAGCGUCUCCUUUGGCUCCCUGCAGGGGGCAUUUCAGCCCAAGAGCACAAGUUCUGAGCUGGCCUCACGAUGCUCUGUGCCUCCUGCUGUGUCUCAUAAAGCUCCUCAGCUUGCAGAUCAAUUUAGGCCGAGGAGGUCGGGGCGCUGGUGUGCAAUGCAUGUGCGUCUGGCUUACAUGAUCCUGCGGCACCAGGAGAGGAUCAAGAUGGCACAUGGCACUCCCCACAAGCAAUCAUUCCGGAAUGAUCUCCUGCCCUGCCUCCCUGCAGGGUUCACUUCUCUGCCAUCCUCACAUGAACUGGCACGAGCCUCUUCCCUCUUCACCGGCUCCCCUGGACAUUUUCAGGUCUCUCCUCCAGCUGCAGCAACUUUUCUUCCCCCCUCUGGACCUGUGGAUCCAUUCAUAAGGGCGACUGGGUUUUCUCCUCUGGCUGCUUUUAAUAAUGGUGCAUUUGGAGGACUAGGGAACCCGUCUUACAAUCCCACCAUAAUGUUUAACCGGAAGGAUAGCCCUGCAGUUCAUAGCUUUCCCAGCCCCCAUGACCCAUGGAAUCGGCUCCACCGCACGCCUCCAUCUUUCCCGACGGCUCCUCCUCAGAUUUGUGCCAAGCCUGAUUUGGACGCGCACCAUGUUGUGCCACUGAUGAAGAAUGAGAAGGAACGGGAUCUUUUCAUGCGCCUGGCACCGCAUAUGUCCCCUCUGACCUCCAGUCAGCGCCUCCCUGGGGGAGAGGAGCGGGGGCCAUCCCGCACAGUCUCGCCAUACGUAGGGGUAAGACACGGAAGCAGUUCUGACAUCAAACCUCGCCUUACGCCGGAUCACUCCUCCAAGGUGAAGGUGAAGGAGGAACCCGAAGUGCUGGCGUUUGAAGUGAGGCGCUCUCCUGUGCCUGGCUUACAUUUGCCUCAUCCAUCAUCCCCCUUUGAGAGGCUUCGGGGCCCCUUCCUGGCUGAGCAGUUUCCCCACACCAUGGAGCCCUGGAGAGAUGUCUACCGCAGAGUGGAUCCCCAGCCCCUCCGUCUUCCUUCAGUGUCCCCCCGCCUUUAUGAAAGAGAGGAGCGGGCGCAUAUCUUGCGAGAGGACUUUGAACGUGCCCACAUGUAUGGCUUGCCCCCUCAUGCCGCCAUGCAGCCUUCAGCAGCGUCCAUGCUGGGUGCUCUCUACCCUCACCCCGCCUCUGGGCUGCUCAGCAAGACUCCUCCCAUUAAUUUGAUGAGUGCCCCUCCCCCUCUCAUCUCCACCUCGCAACCGGGGUCUCCCCUCCACAGGGACCUGUACAAAGAGAGAGACUCAAGAUAGAACUGUCAUUUUCAUCUACGAGGGGGUGUCUUGUAAAUAUUUAUAUAUUACACCCUGAUGCCCUCCCGACCUUGACCUAGCCCCCACCUUAACCCUGGGCUUUUGUACAUUUUUAUGGUUAUAAUGUGAUUUUAAGCACUGUGCUAUCCCCUCCCCAGUGUGUGUGGGCCAGUUGCAGAGCCGAGUGACCUUGCACUGCAUUGUGCUGUCAAAGUGCAGAUCGCUCUGUCUGUUACAUCAAUAAAACCUCUCCAUUCCCCCGA